AUGAGAAUUUCAAAGACAGAGAGCAAUUUAAUAAAAAAGAUGAUCGAAGAGGGAAAUACAACUCGUAAAAUUGCUUCUAAAUUAAAAGUUAGUCAAAGUACUGUGCAACGAAUUAGAAAAAAAUGUGGACAUAUUCUGAAAAAAAAUGUUGGCGGUCGACCAAAGAAGUUGAGUGCGGUAGACAGUAGAAGAGUAAUCAGAUAUUUGACUACUGGAGAAGCAAAAUCGACAUCUCAUGCAGCUAAACUUUUGCAACGUGAUACAGGAAAAAAUGUGAGCAGGUGGACAGUGCAGCGAGAUCUCAUAAAAAAUGAAACUAAAAUGAAUGGGUAUAGCACAGAUGGCCGCCAAUGGAGCUGGAAAAGAGAAGGUGAACCAUUAACCCAAAAAGAUUUUAUUCAGACAGUAAAACAUGGGGGAGGCAAUAUUAAACUAUGGGAGUGUAUGACGGCUUAUGGAUUGGGACCUAUUCGAAGAAUAGUUGGAAACAUGAAUAAGGAAAUGUAUCUUGAUAUUUUACAGCAUGAAUUAUUGGAAACUGUUGAAAAUAUGCCUUACCCAAUAAAUGAGGUCAUCUUUCAACAGGACAAUGACCCAAAGCACACUGCUAAAAUGGUUAAGAAUUGGUUAGCUUCGUAG